AUGAAUCUGAACUACACUUCUCCGGUCCCCCAGAUGCAGGCUCAAAGGUCAACAUCGUUCUUCAUUGAAGAUAUUUUACUACAUAAACCUAAACCUUUGCGAGAGGUGUUUCCUUCGCCCUUCUCAAACUCUCUUGCUUCCCGGAUGCCUCUUUUAGAAUAUGGAUAUCCUCUUAUGCCUACACCAAUAUUGGCUCCUCAUCCGCAUCAUCCACUACAUAAACCUGAACAUCAUCCGUACUUUUUCACCUCCGGAAUGCAGAUGCCGGCGUUAUUUCAGCAUCAUCCAGAGUUACCAGGGAAGCACUGCAGACGCAGAAAGGCCAGAACCGUGUUCUCAGACUCACAGUUAUCCGGACUCGAGAAAAGAUUCGAGAUCCAGAGGUAUCUUUCCACACCUGAGCGCGUGGAACUGGCAACGGCGCUCAGUCUAUCGGAAACACAGGUAAAGACGUGGUUUCAAAACCGGAGGAUGAAGCACAAAAAACAGCUAAGGAAAACACAAGACGACCAGAAAAAUCCAAACGAUGUAGACCGAUCGCUGGAGAACACGAGCGAGAGCGAAACGCACGAGAAAAGUACAGAAGACGGUAAAAACGGCAUGAGUCCGGACAGAUACACGCUGGAUGAAAAUGAAGAUGAUGUCGAUAUUGAGGAUGACAUUUGCUCCCCUGGACAUUUACUCUAG